AUGAAGAAACCCAAUCUCCCACUUUUCCUCUAUUUCCUAACCAGCUUUGCCUUCGCAUCCGCGGAUAACCCCCCACUCUAUGCCUCGUUUGUCCAGUGCCUAUCGGAACAAAAAAUUCCAAACGACGUCGCCUCACAAAUAGUCUCCACUCCAAACACGCCCCAAUUUUCCACCGUCUUAAAUUCCUACAUCCGCAACCGCCGCUUCAACACGAGCGCCACCCCUCGGCCCGGCCUCAUCGUCGCCCCCACAUCGGAGGCCCACGUCAGCGCCACCGUCGUCUGCGCCGUGAGGCUCGAAAUCCACCUCAGGAUCCGCAGCGGCGGCCAUGACUAUGAGGGCACGUCCUACGUCUCCGGCGAGAGGAGGUUCGCCAUGCUCGACAUGUCCAACUUCCGGUCGAUCGACGUCGACGCCGCCGGCCGGACCGCCUGGCCGAUCACCAGAAACAGAACCCGAACCGUUCGGGCCACGUUCGUCGGGCAGUACCUCGGCCCGGGCCGAAACCUCCUCAACGUCACGGCCCGUUAUUUCCCCAAGCUGGGCCUGACAAGAUCCUCCUGCCACGAGAUGCCGUGGAUCCAAUCGGUCCUUUACUGGGACGACCGGACCAAUCUCACCCGAUCGCCGGAGGAGCUCCUGAACCGGAACCCCAACUCGGCCGGUUACCUCAAAAGAAAAUCGGACUACGUGAAGAAACCGAUCCCCGUCAACGGCCUGAACCGGAUAUUCGACGAGAUAAUCCGGGGCGGGCAGGUGGGGAUGGUGUUCAACUCGUACGGCGGGGUUAACAGCAGGAUUCCGGCGACGGCGACGCCGUUCCCCCACCGGGACGGGAACCUGUUCAAGAUCCAGUACUCUGUUAGUUGGGACAACGGGUCGGACAGCGAAGAUUUCGUGCGACAAUCGAGAGAGCUGUACGAGUUCAUGACGCCGUACGUGUCGGAAAAUCCGAGGCAGGCGUAUUUCAACUACCGGGAUUUGGACAUCGGAGUUAUGCCGGCCGGCGAGUCCAGCUACGGCCAGGGAAAAGUUUACGGGGAGAAGUAUUUUAAGGAGAAUUUUGAUCGGCUGGUGAAAAUUAAGACAAGGGUCGAUCCUCGAAACUUUUUCAGGAACGAGCAGAGUAUCCCGACCGCCCAAAGAGGCGGCGGCGACGCUGUCGGUCGCCGAGUCAAUGCUUGA